AUGUCAGUUUUGACCAUGAUCCACAGCAGCCUCCUCGAUUUCAAAUUCAUGAUCCGGAGAAUUACUGGGAAAAGUGCCCUCAUUUUCUACAAUGUGUAUGGAUGCCACUGUGGACUGGGUGGGAGAGGGCAGCCUCUGGAUAAGACAGACUGGUGCUGUCAUGCCCAUGAUUGCUGCUAUACGGAGUUAACCAACCAGAGCUGUCACCCAUUUUUUGAUGAUUAUCAAUACUCCAUCAUCAACAAAGACGUUAUGUGCUGGAAUACAACUAACUCCACCUGUGCAAAGCAAGCGUGUGACUGUGACCGGACAGCGGUCCUGUGUUUCAGAAAGGAAGCAAGCAGCUAUAACAAAGGAUACCGUUAUUACUUCAAUUUCUUCUGCAAAGGAUCUACCCCCAGUUGCUAAAUAAAGCUUUACUCGCCGUCUGGCUACACAACAGA